AUGGCACUCGUCCGCCAUCGCGCAGUUCCGCACCCAGCUCGCCCCCGCCAGCCUCUUCUCUGCCUCCCCCGCCUCCAGCAAUCUCGGCAACCUCGUCAACAGCUGUCUCUCCGCCUGCCUUCCCUCGACCAACAGGACGUCUCUCCCCUCCUGGCUCGCGCACGCAUUCGACAGCCGCAGCACAUUCGGAAUACUCGGUACCCUCUCCACGAGCACGAGUAG